GCUGCUGCACUGCACUACACAUGUUUACGUGCAGCAACCGCGCCAAACCACGCGAAUCAAUCGUGCACAUAUUCCCUGUAAUAGAUGGAUGAGGCUAUAGUCAUAAAAGUCUAUUUUAUUUUUAGACAGAGAAUAAGGGACAGUAGAUUCACCAAUGGAAGUUGAUAAACAGCUUCUUCACCUUAUAUUUGAAGGUUCCUACCUUUAAUACUCCGUUACUCCACCACUCCAACAAAUCAUCCACACUCACUCAAACCACAACUGUAGAAGCCAAACGCAACUUGCCACAAUCGCCAAACCUUUUUUGUCCUUCGUCUGUCUUCGUUAGGAGGAGAGUGAGCUCUGUUUGCAACAUUCCAUACUACAUCACCUUGUGCAGACGACUCUUUGAUUUAUAGCUAAACACCCAAAGAUGAAUAAUAAUAUGAAUUCCGGAGAUGAUGAUCUCCUUCAGAUGAAGAAGAAGUUCUCUGAAACGCCGCUUCAGUACGGGGAAGACCAGUGGCCUGCAUCGGUCCUGGCCUGCAUGAAUGAGAUGCGCAAGCAGCACCAGUUUCAUGAUCUGGUGCUACUGACGGAUGAACAUGAGAUCCCUGCCCACGGCGCUGUCUUGGCCUGCAUGAGCCCAUUCUUCAAUGAAGUCGUCAACCGCGAAGAGAAACGGCGCAGUGGUGUGCUCAAGACGACGGUCGAUGGGGUAUCGGCGGCUACCAUCGAAGCCCUGGUCAAUUUCGCAUACACUGGAAAGAUCGAAGUCUCUUCUGAGCUGGUCGGUGAAGUCUAUCAUGUCGCCAAAGAAUGGAAGGUUCCCCGCAUCAAGAAAGCCUGCGCCACGCACAUGCUCGACAACAUGAACACCAGAAAUUGCCUCGAAAUCCGUUCCUUGGCUACUGCUGAGAUGGAUGAAGAGUUGAUGUCCAUCGUUGAUCAGUUUAUCAAAGUCAAUGUCGAUGAAAUCACCAGUACCUCUGACUUCUGCCAACUUCCAUUCAUGAAGUUGGAGGUGAUCUCUGCGAAAUCGUCCAUCUCGAUGAGCGACCGUCAAAUCUUUGAGGCUGCUGUGGAAUGGGUGAGGAGAACCAUGAAAGGAGGAGUAGAGCUCUCAGAACUCAUCAGUGAACCUCAGACACUGCUCCUUUCUGGCAACAACCUCCUCAAGAACAUCACCGAGGUCGAUGAACUCUCCUCGGAGGUCAUGGACACCUACGAUAUCGACAUGUCAAAGGUCGGGGUCUACACGCCGGAUAAGAAGAGCAUCAAGAUCGGGCACCAGAACGGGAGCGGGAACGGCCACACUGGUCAGGUCGGCAACGGAAGCACCACACCCAGGAAACUGAUCAUGACCCCAGGCGACGCCCCCAAACAGUCCCAACUUGCACUCAAUAAGUGGAAGGUCAUUGCUUCAACUUCGAUGGCAGAUGCGCACUAUGUGGCCCUGACUGUACUUGAUAAUCAGCUAGCGACCCUGGUGCUAUACGAGAAGCGCAUCAAGCCCAAAAACAAACACCGUCCAUCCCGCUCUUUCUCUAUUGAGAAGGAUGCACUCCAUCCUCCGCUCUCCUCUAUGAACCUACCUCGCUCUGCUGUGGGGAUCGCAGAGUAUAAAGGAAGACUCAUUGUUGCUGGUGGCUACAAUCAGGGCAAGUUCCACAGCACGGUAGAGGCCUUUGACCCUACCACCAACAAGUGGCAGUUCCUUGGACGUAUGUCUGGCCCAAGAGGGCGCUUUCAGCUCUGUCAGGUCAAUGGCGUCCUGCUAGCUGCUGGGGGCUCUGAUGGCAACUGUGAACUGAAGUCAUGCGAGACCUACGAUACUUUGACAAAGUGGGCCAGAGCUCCAGAGAUGCCUGUCCCAAGAACCUGUUAUGGUGCUACCGUGGUGAACGACAAGAUGUAUGUAAUUGGUGGUGCUAGUGGCAGCCAGGGCAUGAAGAAUUGCUUGCAGUACGAUCCCUCCGUCUCAACUUGGUCAUCCAUUUCUCCCCUCAAUGAAGGUCGUGCCCAGGUUGGGGUGUGUUCCACUAAAGGACGUAUCUAUGCUGUGGGCGGAUCGGAUGCCUGGAAUUGCUACAACUCUGUAGAGGUGUACCACCCAGACGAAGACCUGUGGAAGUACGUAGCUCCUAUGAAGACGUGCAGGAGGGGUGCUGGGACCUGUACACUAGAGGGUAAAGUUUAUGCAGUUGGAGGUAGUGAUGGUCAAACAGUGCUGGACACUGUUGAAUGCUAUGACCCUGAGAGGGAGGAAUGGGCCCCCGUCGCCAGCAUGGCCACACCCCGCGUCAACGUGGGCGUGGGCGUCGUCGACGGUAAGAUCUACGCCGUCGGAGGCUUCAGCGGUAAGGAAUUCCUGAACAGCGUGGAGCUGUACGAUCCGUUGCAGAACCGCUGGUACCAGUUCGCCCGACACCUGAGGGCCCCUGUCACUGCGUCUCCCCCUCUCUCACCCGUCCUUUCCUCACCACAGAAUGGAGCCGCAAAAGCAAUGGUACCCAAGAAACACAGUAAUGGCAAGAGCACCACCAACGGCAAGAGCGCCACCGACAACGCUGAAACCCCAUCAUUGCCUGUUGCAUAGAAGCACCGUCUCUUCUGAGUUGCCCUUUCUGUACAGGCAGGUCUAUCCACCUUGUAAAAUACAUGGGUCGUCAGAUUUAGUUGGCAGAUUGCCGGUAUGAAUAGUUCAGUGGAAACUUUAACGGCAUGGAAAACACAACCCGGGCUGGACUGCACACCUUGGUAAUGCCUGUGGGCACCAUCCAUCAUUGGUCAUGUUUUUACACCUAAUACAUCUCUCUUCAAGAAACAUGCUGUACUCACAAGUCUGUAUAGCAGAUUAUCAGCAGAUUUACAAAAGAUUUUGUAGCAAAUUUGCCAGAAGAUGUAUUUUCAAUCUAUUAGCUAGCAUAUGAAGCUUCAUUGCUUCUCCCAGUUCCACCUCUAUCAUGUAUCUUUCUUUCUUCCUCACAACUGAGCCAAACCUCUUUUUCCACCCUGCGUUAGUGUAUAUGUACAUGUAAGUUUAUUUAUAGGAAAACAGUGUACACCGAAGAGGAGGUAAAGAGGAAUGGUCAUUAUGAUAAUUAUUGAGAGCUGUUAUUGGGUGAAAAAAAUGAAUUCCUUAAAAUCUGAACACCCAUGGUAGAAUGUACAAAAAAUGGUAACCGUCCUUAAUAACCUAUUAAAGCAGACUUGAAUUGUGCUAUGAUUAUCCAAAAAAAUUGUUGGUACUACAAAUACAUGUUAUUAUUUCAAAUUGGUUGAUUAACUUUGUUGGAAAUAUGAAUAUGAAUGAAUUGAGCUAAGAAUAAACACAAGGAGGAUUCUACUACUGUCAAAUUUAGAGUCCACACUUUCUGUUUAAAAGAUUAUUACAAUGCAACAUCAUUAUCUUGGGUGGCUUUUUUUUCUCAUUAGCAAGUUUUGAUAGCAUAUAUAUUCUUAUCCAUUAGUCAUAUGUCAAUUGAAUAUGCACCUUCGGUGAAAAUGAUUUGGGUUAAUAUUAGAGUUUAUAUUAUAUAUAUAUAUAUAUAUAUUAAUGUUUAUUUUCAAAUGGUGAUGUCAAGAUUUUCAUAGGAAAAUCAUGUUUUGUGAACUUCCAAUACCCCAUAUCACAGCACUGGAUUGCAGUGAAACCUAUUACGAUUUUAUGAGAAAACUUAUGUGUGUAAAUAUCGAGUAGCAAAUCAUCUCAUUGAACAUUUAUAUGUGGCAGGUUGUCUAAUCAUGUCAAUGAACAUUUAUAUGUGGCAGGUUGUCUAAUCAUGUCAUUUAAGAUUUAUAUGUGGCAGGUUGUUUAAUAUGUACGAAAAUACAUGUCACCUUGGCGCAUUAUAUAUUUAGGGACUGUGUGUUAGUCAAAAUUGUCAUUUCGAAGCAUACUUGUUUCUUUCAUAAAAAGGUUAAAAUGCAUUUUACUUGUAGAAGCACAGUAUUAAUGUUCAAUAAAGCAGCGAAACUAUGAUUUUGAGCUUCACAAAAACUUGCUGAAUUAGAUUCCUUGCCGAACAGAACGUGAGUAUGUCCAUGCAUUUUGAUCUCAUGCUUCAUCGCAGGAAAACUGCAUGAAUUAAUAUGAAAACCAAUUCAAGGCUAAAAGUCUAUCCAUCCAUAUCCUGUCCUUUAUAUACUGUUAGACAAAAUGAUAUUUAAGUGUAUCCGGUAGUAUUAGUAUUCGCCUCAGUUUUCUUUAUCCCUUUCAUUUGCCGGUCGUCUACACUUGCAUGUUAUACUUUGUGUUUCCUCGUUUUGUAAUCACUCAGCAUAAUUUAACACACAAACCAAGUAUAUCUUUACGUUGUGUUUGAUACCAGGGCAUUCGGGCCAGGGCAUUCUAUGUGUGUAACAAUCUUGUUGGGCAACAAUACCAAACUGCCAUUUAAUGCUACUGCCUGCCUAGAUAUCUCUUCAGAGAAUUUAAGUUAUAUUAUUUCAAACACACUUCUCACUCACUGGAAAGCUUCUUUAAAUUUAAAUGCAGUUGCUAGAAGUUCUGUUAGUCCAUUGACUUGAUUCCUUCAAUAAACUUUGGAGAUUGGCAAAUUUUUGUUGAAUUCUAAUGUGGAUUUGUACAAUUUGUCUAAGAUUGGUGCAACAAGUAAUAAAUUAUGUUAUUUUCUGAAUUAUAUAUUUUAUUUACCAAAUUUAAUUAUGCAGUCCUUUACUGCUGGCUGCACAUUGAAUAUUAUUGCUAUGGUAGGAAACUUACUUUAUUCAAAAAUUCAAUGACUGAAUGAAAUUAAAUGUUUGAAGCCUGAGGAAUUUAGAAUUCAUAAUUCAUUCAUUUUCCAUUUUAUUUAUUCCAUCCCAUGUUAUCCUAUUUUCAUUUCAAAUUGGACAUAUUCUCUAUUCUCCUGGCCUGUUAAUGUAAUGAAAGAUUUUGAUUUCUGUAUAGUAUUUCUUUCAUUUUGUGUCUUUCAUUCUGCUAAAUUGAUAUCCGUGUUUUAAAUGUAAACUUGAGUCAGUUGAUAAUCAUGUUUUGAUAAGAUCCUAGGUACAAGGUCAUGAUACGUAAUGCUCAACGGUGCUAGGUAUUUUCCUUAGUCUUUAUUUAAAAUGUAAAGUUAUAUCUUGACUUUCUUUCCUUUGCGUAGUUGAUUCACCAUCUUAAUAGCAGAUAGAGGCUGGAUACAUGUGCGCUGUUUCAUUCCUCAAAGACUUGAAUAUGAUUGACACUAUUAGUAUUAUGCAAUCAUCCUUAGUGAUAGGAUGCCUUCACGGCCUUGCUGAGAGCAAAUAAAUGCAAUAUAAAUCUGACAAAUGUUAUAAAAGUGUCAUAAAAAUUUGCUUUAAAAGCCCCACUGCACUACUUUAUCUACUUGCGCCCUCUAUAUAGCAAACAAUGCCUAAUCAGUGACCAUUGGUCCCCCAUGAUCCUCUUUUUCUUAUGUUAAUUGAGAGCUGAUUUGAUGACCAUGCAGGGGGUCUAAUUCCUCCAGGCCAAAUUAGCAGUGGGGCUUUAGUGACUCAUAGACAUGUUGAGAUAAAUGAAACAUGAUCUGACGAUGUCAUGAAAUAAUUUCUUGCUUACCUUGGUGUGCUUUUUCCAUUAGGGGAAGAAAAAAAUAUUAAAUUCAUCAUUUCAGAAAUAUUUUGUGAAAAGGUAAAGUUUUUGUUCGAAUGGUAACUGAAAUUUUUUUGGCAGCUGUAAGAAGAACCCAACAUAAUUAUUGGAUAAUUUUGUGAGAAAGGUCAAAGGUGAUUAUAUUGAAUGUUUUAUUUCACCUCUGAACUUGGACAUGAUGUGAUGAAAAAUUAAAGAAUAAUUAUUUGUUAUUUGAAGUAUCAAGAAAUAUAAUGUGUUAUUUGAAUACAAUACUGCAGAGUAUACCAAUAAUGUGACAUAGAAAAAUGUGACUAUUUUUUUACAUAAGUUUAACAAUGCUUGUAAAGUCAAGCUAUUGCAUAGAAGAAUAAUGCAGCAUUAUACCGCUUAAUUAUUAUGUUGAUGGUAUUGCUAAGUAAUUGUCAUGGUGGAAAAAAGGACAUUUCAGACAUUUUUGUUUUAAUUUGAUUUUGUAAUGUUAACUGAUUUCUGUGAAUAAUCUUGAUCAAUUUAUUGAAUUUACCAUGGAAAGGAAAAUGUUUGUGUAUAUCCAUGUGUGUUUUUUUUUGGUGUGUGUAUUAUAUUUUGUGAGAAAUAUUGCUAUUGUGUUUGAGAGAAGGUUAACUUAAUCUACAAAAUAUUGCGUGUCUUCAGAGUGAGCACAAAUUAUGCAGAUGUCAACAAUUAAAAUUAAAUAUGAGUGCAUCAACUAGAAAGAAAUUUGCUGAAUGCUGAUGAACUUCAAGAAUUUGGUCAAUAUAUUAUACACGUACAUGUAUUUGUAUUUACAAGAGCAACUGAGUCUGUAGAUUUGUAAAGAUAUUGUGUACCUCAACCUUCCAAUACAAGGUAGAUAUUUUCUUUUAUUACAAAUCUGUCCCUUGUACUUUUGUUCUCUGUUAAACAGUGAAUGUGGACUUAUGUACGAUGUUACUUUUCAUGGUAACAGGAUAUAACUAAUGGUAGCCAAAUUUUCAAUUUAUGAAUACUCACGGCUUUCAAUAAGUUUUUCCCAUUGUCACCUGUACUUCAUUACUUGUAAAUUGGUGUACUGCUUUAUGUGUAUCAUGCCAAGCACUUAGUACUCGAACCACAAAAGUGUUUUUCAGGGAAAAUAAUGAGGUGAAUUGUGCAUUCCUCUAUACUUAAAUGUAUGAUUCCUUAUCUUAAUAUAUUUCCAAGUAUUUAAAGCAUGCUAAGUUUAUUUGAAACAGUUCUUUUAGAUCAAAUAAUGUUGUGGGCAUAGCAAUCUAUCCCCUGAACUUUAUGAGAAAUUGUGUAUGAAAUUUUUGGUAGAAAUAGAUUAUCAAUGAAUUACCUAUCAGACAACUUUUAUCAAUGCAAAUAAAUCUGUUACAAGUCCUUUCAAAGGAAACAGAUUUAUCUUCCAUUGUGAUAUUGUAAAAUGACCAUAGAUAUUUUACAUUUUUGUCAAUACAACCUACUUCAUCUUGUUUGGGUAUUAUCUUUAUUUGUUUUUGUUAUCGAUUUAUUUCCUUGUUUUGAAAUCCUUUUGUUGUAUUCUGCUUUUUGUUUAUAGAUUGAUUCUCUUUUGUUUGCGAGUGAUUCUAGCUAACCUAUUAUUUUGAUUGAUAUUCAAUCUGGUUUGUUUGGAGUUCAUUAAAGACAUGCUAUUAAAAAAAAGCGAUACAACUUGUAGUAAUCGCCUGUGUUUCUUUGUGAGGAUGGCAGCCUAGUUGACUGAAAGCCUGCAAGAUCAACAUGCCGGUCUUGUUGGCUGUAGGUCAAUCGGGAUGUCCCUCAUUUGUGAGAAUGAUUUGUAGAGAAGAAACAAACAUUUGUUGAUUAUAGGUUGAAUAAAAUUGUUUGUUUGAAGGCAAAAUAAAUAAAACCUAGAAAUGCC